ACGGGCUGGGCAAGCCAACUACAGCGAGCGUCCGUGGGAUAUAUGCUGCUCACCCUUCCGCAACACCUAUUAUUUCUCCCCCGCAACGAUUCGAUCUUAUAGAUCCGUCAAAGUGAGACUCUAUGACAGCACUGCUCGGUCUCUAUGGUUUAUAGAGCCACAGAUACAACUUUACCCUCCUGGAUACACGAGAACGUACGAGAUAGAAACAUUUGGUAGAAUUUUAUUCAUCCGUCGGUGGAUAUUCAGUUGUUAAGGAUGAUUUUUGCAAAUUCCGGGCACACAUUGAGGACGUCGCAUAAUCGCAAACAGCCCCCUGUUGGCCCCACCUCCCACCCGAUGGCUCCGCCCAGUCCUGGAACCAACAGCAGCACCAAUCACAGCAGCAGCAGCAGCAGCACAGCCGGCUGGGAGCAGCUCAGUAAAACGAACCUCUACAUUCGUGGUUUACCGCCAACCACCACCGACCAUGACCUGGUCAAGCUCUGCCAGCCAUAUGGAAAAAUCGUAUCAACCAAGGCCAUCUUAGACAAAACCACAAACAAAUGCAAAGGUUAUGGCUUUGUGGACUUUGACAGCCCGGCUGCUGCUCAGAAAGCCGUCAGCGCUCUGAAGACCAGCGGAGUUCAGGCUCAGAUGGCAAAGCAACAAGAGCAGGACCCCACUAACCUGUACAUAUCUAACCUGCCGCUGACCAUGGACGAACAGGAGUUAGAGGCCAUGCUGAAGCCCUUCGGACAGGUCGUUUCCACACGCAUCCUACGGGACACCAACGGGGCCAGCCGAGGGGUCGGAUUUGCAAGGAUGGAGUCGACAGAGAAAUGUGAAGCUGUCAUCUCUCACUUCAAUGGGAAAUUUCUCAAAACACCAGCUGGAGUUAUGGCCCCGUCAGAACCCUUGCUGUGCAAGUUUGCGGACGGAGGCCAGAAGAAGCGUCAGAGUCAAAAUAAAUAUGUGCAGAAUGGACGAGCCUGGGCCAGAGACGGGGAGACCAGACUUGCUGGCAUGACACUCACGUACGACCCCACCACAGCUGCUAUGCAAAAUGGAUUCUAUCCGACCGCCUACAGUAUUACAAACAGAAUGAUCACACAGACCCCCAUUUCUCCAUACAUCUCACCUGUGUCCACAUACCAGGUACAGAAUCCAUCCUGGGUCACCCAUCAGCCCUACAUCAUGCAGCAUCCGGGAGCAGUGAUAUCGCCCUCUAUAGAUCACUCCAUGUCUCUGCAGCCCGCGUCCAUGAUGGGUCCUAUCACUCAGCAGAUGAGUCACCUCUCUCUGGGCAGCGCAGGAACGUUUAUGCCAGCAAGUCCAGCUCUCCAGGGGCCGUAUAUCCCUCCAUACACCCACAUGCAGACCACCGCCGUCUCAGUAGAGGAGAACAGUCCACAACCUCAGGUGGAAUCGUCCAGUGAUCAUUCACCUUACACUUAUCAGCAGGCCAAGUGAUAAAGAGGGUUGUUGGGGUUUGAGAAAGGAGGAGACGCCUGCUAAAUCAAUAACAGCUUCCUUUGAAGGACCGGCUCUACCGAUGAAUCGACAUUUUGCACAGGUUCUACGAUGAGUUCCUCGGUUUUAUAACAAAACUACUUCAACUAUUUUGGUAUAAGUUCCAUUAGGUGCAAAUCAAGGAUUCAUUUCAUCAGAGGAUGCUAACAAAGAAAAAAAAACAAAAAAAACAAGUGGGAAGAAAAAGUUUUAUUUUACUAAAGAAACAACGCUUAUUUUUUACCAAGGAUCAUCACAUAGAUGCAGGAACUUCGUCAUGCGACUCGACGUGCAUGGAGAUGAUUAUUUUUAUGAUUUCGGAUUUGUUUUCUCUUUCUCUCUCUCUCUAUCGCUCUCUCUUUUCUUUUGUAUUGAAACAGACGUUCGUUUUUAGAGAUUUAUCAGCCGGACAUCCUGAGAAAGAUGCGUUUGUGCUUGCGGUGUGAGUGUCGUUGAUGUGUUUCUGUUGUGUGCUUCAUCUUCGGUCUGACCGAUCUGUCCGUCUUAUACGAUUUGCCUUAAACUCUUUCCCGUACGGUAGCCGAAAGAAAAGACGUCCGGCUGCUGCCUUGUAAAUCAGCUGAAUAGGGCUUUUUUAGCAUCUCGCAAAGGAACAUUUCGGCCGCGCUUGGAAUUUCGGUGUUUUGCUUUUUUCCGACCUUUUAGAGUACAAACCGUUUCGAGUGACAACGUUGAUGGAGUUUUCAUAGGAUUUAAUGUUUUUAUAAUCAGAGGUGACGACGAGCCUUUGGUUGUUUGAAUGUGGUAGAAAUUCUGCUGAACGAUCACAUUUUUGAUAAUUGCCUUUUCGUUUAUAAAUCUCUGUGUUGUAGUUUAGCUUUAGAUGAACUUGUGCGGGAGGGGGUGGAGCUUUGUCUCGCAUUCUAAUUAGGGGGCGGGAGGGAGGCGUGGCCUGUCAGUCAGACCGAAUAUAUAUAUCUAUCCUUCGGAGUUAAACCUCCCGUGACAACUUUCAGCAGCGGGCUUCUUCGGGAGAGGUGAACGUGUAGAUUUCAGUGCUCGUUUUAUUCUAGCAGGCAAACAAAUCUCGGCACUUUCGAGUUUACUUCACCAAAGACGGUCGGCAAGCGGAUCGCGACGGCGUUUUCUCUCGAGGCGGGCCACGCUGAGACUUUAUAACAGACUAGGUUGCAGUUGUGGAGAAUGUGCCUUCUUUGUACAUAUGCAUUCAGCUGUCUUUAGUUGGCGAGGUGCGGACACCGAUUUGAAGGACGAUUUGGAUCCAGCAAGUGCCACAAACUAAACGAAAACAUCACUACAGAGCGGAGACAACUGAAUCUAAAACGCAGAACGAGGACAAGUUGAAACGACGGCUCCGUCCUAAAACCCUAGUGAGCUGCCUGCAUAGGCUGCUGCCUUCUAAGGUAGCAUCGUGAUUGUUCAAUUCUACAAAUAGACUUUGGAGGAGUUUUGCAUUGGCGUGUUUGCAGUAAAAUGACCGUACAAAGCACACACAAAUAUUAGUUUUAAAUUAGAAUGAACUGUUUUAGCUGCUUUUCUGUGUUAGGUUUUCACUAAAUAUUUUACUCUAAAUGCAUUAAGGAUUUUCAUUUUUCAGUGAAGGAUGCAUAUGAUUCUGUAUUAGAAUUUGGCAAAAGUAGUGCACUUGUGCACCAUGUUUUGCAAUUGUUAAGGGGAGACACUGCAGGCAAAAACGCAGUUUUUUCAUGCACCUGUAAAGUUUUGGUUUUCAUAAAGUGUUUUUUCAGACUAGUGGAAAGAAAACACCCAAAAGACACUGUUAAGUGUUUCCUUCAUAGCACUUUGUCUAUUUCUGUCAAUAGAUUUCAAUUACAACACUGUAAAAAAAAAAAAAAAUCAGAAAGUUGUUUCAACCCCGCUGACUUAAAAUGUUCAGUUUAGUCAACUUGAAAUUUUAAGUUAACUUAAUGUUAAUUUAAGUGACAACUGGAAUAUUUAAGUUGACUAAACUAAAAAUUUUAAGUUAGCAGGGUAACAAAUUAUUUUAAGUUAAAACAACUUUUUUUUUUUGUGAAUACAUAUUCUUAAAGGCCGUUUUCUGACCCAUAAAUCUCCACUUCAGUAACACUUACACCAAACUUGACAUUUUUAUUCCUGUCUAUAUCCUGAAGGUUUUUACGGAGGGAUUUGUUCAUAUAUAAUUUGCUUGAUUUUAUGCAACAUUGUAUUCCCUAAAAAAUUGCAAAAAAAAUAUUGUUUUCUAAUUUUUUUCUGAAGUAUGGAGUGACAAAAUGAGAUACCUUAAAAUUCCCUCUGUAAAAAAAAACAUUUGACUCUAAUAUGUCAAAAAAAUUAAACAAGAAUUUUGAAACUGACUUCAUCCAGUGUUUAGAUUUAUGUACUAGAAAUUAGGGGUGUGACGAGACACUCCCACAAGACGAGAGGCUGGGUUCAUGAGAACGAGACGAGACAAGAUUUUUACACUUUUUUUUAAGAAUCCUAAAUUAUGAAAUACAUAGGGAAAAAUAGUAUUUUAUUCAACUGAAAAACACAAAAUGCUAAGCAUUUUGAUAUGAAGACUUUAUGACUGUACUUUAUGAAGUUAAGCUUCUAUUUUAAUGAAUUAUAUGCAGUAAUAAACAUGUAAACUAAUGCUGCAUGAUUCUGGAUAAACUGAAAAUCAUGAUUUUCCUAAAAUAAAUUAUAGAUCACGAUUCUGAAGAAAAGAAAGAUUAGAUUAAUCUAAACAAAAUAACAUAAUUACUAGUAGUUCUGACAAAAUGUUCAUUGCUUAAAAAUAUAUAUAUUGGAACAAAACUGUAAAAAAUGAUGAUCGCUACUGUAGACAAUACCCAAACUAUAAACUUUUAGCCCAGUACUUCUGUUAUUUAAAUGUCUGUAACAGAAAUAAUGAUCACUAUGUGGUUGAAAAGACUGUUUGUGUUGCUUUUUUUAUAGAUCAGCAGCAUCUUUUAACGAUUAAUCAUGCAGCUUUAAUAUAAAGUGCAAAAUAUUUUGUGAGGAUAUUGUUACGUUCUCGCGAGACCAGUCAGAUCUCGUCACAUCCCUACGAGAAGUGUACGCAAAUUAGCGAUAUUUCAUUAAAUAAUGCUUAAUUUGCAUAUUUAAACCUAACAUUUUACAAAACUUGUAAUACAAAAAAUGUUUGCAAUUAUCAAUGUAUUCAAUCAGCUGGGUAAGUAAAGUUAUAACUAUAAAUAGUUUGUUUUUUUUUUUACCCUAUUCACCUGCAGUGUCUCACCAGAGAAAAAAAAUAUAUAUAUAUAUAUAUAUAUAUAAAUAAAAGUCACACCGGGUCAAAAUUGCAAUUAAAAAAAAAAAAAACAGGUCAAAAUUGCAAAUUUAAAAAUAAUGUAAAUUCAAAUGAUGAAAAUGCUAAGGAACAUUAUAAACACUAUAAACAUGUUUUUUUUCUUCUUACUCCAGAACAAAUCCUUAAAAUGUAAUGGUAUUCAGAAAAAGAAUGAAUAUAAUGAGAAUAAAACAAACUAAUUAUAGCUGCAUAUAUAUAUAUAUAUAUAUAUAUAUAUAUAUAUGUGCAACGUGUUUCAGGUAAUAAAAAACAUUAUUUUCCAGAAAAUACAGUUGGCAGCUCACUAGGUUUUAGGCCGCGGCCUUUGAAACAAUAAUUGCGUUCAUUACAGGAAAUGUUUUUUAUUUUCUUUUAAACUCACAAUAUAGUUUAUUAAGGCUUUAUUCAUUAAUUUGUCUUCCAAAAGACUGUGUUUUUGACCUGGUGGGUCUUGUUGACCGGUUAUCUACCUCAGAGUUUUGUUGUCCUCUGUUUUGAUUGGUCGGGCAGCAGGUUCAGCCCGCCCCUCCAGACCAAACGGCCAGCUCAGGAGCGGCCCACGUACACUUGAUUUCUUUCAGGUUUUUUUGUUUUUAAAUACUUUAAAUCCUCUUUUUCUUCUUCUUCAAACAGAAUUUUUUUUUUUAUUAUUCUUAUCAUUAUAAGGAAAGUUGUGCGUUGAACGUGUCGUUUUAGUGUCGUUUAGCAUUCAGAUUCAUCGUUUCGAAAGCAAAAAAAAAACUGCUGCUUUAAAUCACAAGAUAUUCCAGUAGUCCAUAGGAAGUAGACGAGAAAGUGCGCGCACGAGAGACGGAGCCAAUGAGAAACGGCGAUGCUGAAAGUUGCGGUUUUCCCGAGACAUCACUGUUGUAUGGAAGCUUGUUUCUGCCACGGAAUAAAAAAAAAAUAAUAAAGUAAUUUAUCUCACAAUUCUGACUUUCUUUCUCACAAAUGCAACUUUUUUUUUCUCUGAAUUCUGAGCUUACAUCUUGCAAUUCUGUUUUUUUCCACACCUCAGAAUAAAAAGGUAAUUGCAACUUUUUAUCUCACAAUUUAAACUUUUUUUCUCACAUUUGCAAAGUUGUAUCUCACAAUUCUGACCUUUUUUUGCAAUUCUGUUUUUAUUUUUUCCACCCAGGGAAUAAAUAAAGUAAUUGCGACUUUUUAUCUUACAAUUCUGACUUUUUCCCUCUGAAUUCUGAGUUUACAUCUAGCAAUUAUGUUUAAUAAAAAAAGUUUUUUAAAUUUGAAUUUUGACAUUUUUUGGAAUCUUGACGUUUUUUGGAAUUUUGUCUUUUUUUGGAAUUUUGACUUUUUUCAAAUUCAUAUCUUCACAGUUCAUAUCUCACUGACUUUUUACCUCAAAAUUAUGACUUUUUCAUAAUUGCGAGUUUAAUUUUUGUAAUUCGAAGUUUUUUCUCAGAAUUCUGAGUUUGCAUCACACAACCUAAAUUUUUUUUUUUUUUUUGAAUUAUGAAUUUAUGACUGUCAAAUAUUUUGUUUGUUCUUUUCUUUCUCUUUUUUUUUUUUUAUUAUAUUUGUGUUUUAAAAAAUAUCUUUAUUUUAUUUUAUUUUACAUAUUUUUUUGCAGUCUUGGAAGAAUCCAAAAUGUUGAUUUCCUAACCAGGAAACAUCAUGCAGAUGAAUAAAAUAUUUAAAAAGGACAUUUCUGUAGAGAAUAUUUUCUAGGUAUUUUUAUAUCUUUAAAAUAAAUACAAUUUAUUCACCAAGAUAAAUUCGCACAUGCUGUCUAUGUAAAACAACUUCUAAAAUGCAGCUGGAAAAGCCAUGACACUUAUUUCAGUUCAUAUAAUGUCAAAUCUAAAAUAUUUUUUCAUUUUAAAUAAUGACUUACUUUUAGCAUUACAUUUUUAAAAAUUUGAAUUUUGACUUUUUUCAAAUUCAUAUCUUCACAGUUCAUAUCUCACAGAGUUUUUACCUCAAAAUUAUGACUUUUCUUUCUCAGAAUUUCGAGUUUAAUUCUUGUAAUUCAAAGUUGUUUCUCAAAAUUCUGAGUUUGCAUCUCACAAUCCUUUUUUUUCUUUUAAUUCUGAAUUUAUGCCUCUCAAAUGUUUUGUUUGUUUGUUUAAAUAAGGUAAUUGCAACUUUUUAUUUCAUAGUUAUGACUUUUUUCUAAGAAUUGCGAGUCUAUAUAUUGCAUGUGGUUUUUUUGUUUGUUUUUUUUUGUUUUGUUUUGUUUUUUUCCAGAAUUGCACGUUAUAAUAUUCUUUCAUCAUGGAAGUAAAAAAAAUAAAAAGGCUAUUGCAACAUUUUAUUUCAAAAUAGAAUUGCGAGUUUAUAUUUUGCAAUUGCAAGUUAAGAUCACAUAAUUAAGAUUUUUUUCUCAGAAUUGCAAGGAAAGAUCAGAAUUGUGCAAUUAUAACUUGCAAUUGUGAGGAAGAAAAAAAAAUUUAAGAUAUAAAUUAGCAAUUGUGAGAAAAACAUCUGAAUUGUUAGAUAUAAACUCAGAAUUGUGAGAGAAAAUGGUUUCCUUUUUUAUUUAUUUUUUAUCCCGUGUCAGAAACAAGUUUCCAUACUGUUGCUUUCAGACCGAGUCCAGACAGACUUUUAGCGGCGUAAUCCGCGGUGCUCAGCUCACAGCCGAGUCCAUUCUUGACGUGCAUGCGUGUGUGUGAGUGUGCGUGUGUGUGAGUGUGCGUGUGUGUGCGUGUGUGUGCGUGUGCGUGCGUGUGUGUGUGUUUCUGUGGAGUUCUUGUGUGGCUCAUGCUGCUAGUAACAUCCGAAUCCGAAGUGCCAAUCUGUGUCUGGGUCAAAGAGUUGGAAAGACUUGUUGUGCAGAGAGAAAUUGCUCAUGAAUAUGAAAAAUCAUGUACUAGACAGCCAUUAAGUUAUAUGAAAAAAGUAAUAAUUUAUGAAGAGAGACGUUUUGUACAGACUGUUUGAAAAAAUAAAAACAAUAAAAAAGAUUUUCAUAGAGAUGUCUAUAUGAGAGUUGAUUUUGUAAUUUCUUUUCUCUCUGUUUUACAUGUGCCACGCACUUGCCGGUGGUAUCUUGUACAUUCGGUUUAUGAGAAACCUUCCUCUGUAUGUGUUUCUUUUAUUUUUCGGAGUGUUUGUUUAAGCCAAAAAAAGAAGCUUUUUCUCCCUUUUCCCCUUUGUUUCCAGUAGAUUGUUAAUGAAGCUUUAUUUCUGUUCAUUUCUUUGAGAACUUUUGAAUAAAAACACAUUUUUGUUUUA